AUGCGUUUCGCUACCUUCACCGCUGCCCUCUUCGCCGGCCUGGCCGUUGCCCUGCCCAACGCCGACGUCCAGACCGUCUACGAGACCCUGGAUGUGACCAUCACCUCCUGCGGCCCCUCCGUCACCGACUGCCCGGCCAGCAGCCACGCUGCCACUGUCCCUGCCGCCGCCGUGACUUCCGGUGCUUCUGCCCCCAACGGCGUCUCCCCCGUUGAGACCUCUGUUGCCUCGGUGCCUGUCGCCUCGGCCCAUGCUUCUUCUGCCCCUGCCUCCGUUCCCAGCGGUGUCGGUGCCGUCGGCACCUCUGGCUCUGGCUCUGGCUCUGGCUCUGGUGUCAGCAUCUCCGUCAUCGCCGUCACCACCUGCGUGCCCACCGUCACCUACUCGACCAUCACCCUGACUCCUACCGCCACUCCCUCCUCCAGCGGUGUUCCCACCGGUGUCGCUGCCAUCGGUAGCUCUACCCCUGCCAGCAGCAACGGAACUGCCUCCUCCUCGUCUUCCGUCCCCGUGUACACCGGUGCUGCUUCCUCCAUCGGUGGCUCCUUCAUCUUCGCCGGUGCUGCCGCCGCCGCCGCCCUGAUCCUGGCUUAA